AUGUGGAGAUUGAAAGUUUUGCUUAUAUUUGGACUGGUUAGCUCAGCUAUAUUAACAGUAACAUCAGGCGAUGACCAGCCCGACAGAUUCGCUUACCAUGCUAAACUUCUCAGCAGGAUGAUUAAUAUGGAAAUGAAGAUGGAACGAAUGGAAGAGGAAUUGAAACAAACAGAGACAAAUAUCAGCACUUUCACAAAGAACCAGGCUGAAAAUAUUUCAGAAAGAGUAGAACUACCCUUGGUUGCUUUCGAUGCAUACCAGCCAGUCGAUACGAGUCCAGAUACCAACGAGAUUAUGGUAUGGAGAUACACUCGUUUGAAUGAAGGAAAAGGAUAUGACACAGUUCUCGGUACGUUCAAGGCGCCUGUCUCUGGUCUCUACUACUUUGCAGUACAUGCAUGUAACUACAGUGGUCGGUAUUUCCAGUAUGCCAUAGUUCUUGAAAAUACCUACAUAGCGACGACGUACAAAUUCGACAAUAACAACUACGAUUGCGGCUCCAUGAGCACGUUCGCCCGUGUAGAGACCGGACAGAAAGUAUGGGUGAAAUGUACAAGCGGAAGUACCAAUGUUCUGCUGUGGGAAAGUCACGGAAGAAGCUCCUUCAUUGGUGCUCUUAUUCAUAAAUAAACCAAAAUGACAUUAAAAUAAUUUUGUUGCAAAUAAUUGCGGUACACAUGGACACUCGACCAAAUGCACAGACAAUAAAAUGAAUUGAUUGAAUGUAUUGAAAUCAUCACACUAAAACCUUUUCACAGAGGAUAGACGAAUUCAGUGUACUUUGUUUUGCGAGCCUAAUACAUGUGCUCAUUGCGUUGCUAGUACAAGAUUCUGUUAUUUCCGAUCACCGUAGCUUUUUUGGGAGCUUGAACCUUUUCUUGCUACAAUCAGGGUACAUUGUAUUCAUGUUAAACAUGUUUGGAGAUAAAAAAAAUGUGUAUGAUGUACCAAAGAUCUUUUUUUUCUUUAUAUAAACCUUUUUUAAAAAUGUAUUAAAAGCGUUAGUUUAUGAACGCUUUAAUAUUGAAGUUUAUAAAAGCUUGAUAACAUUUAAUAAACGUUUAAUUCAUAUAAUCAAUGCAAAUUCACAGAAGGAGGAGUUUGUUCCUGUCUGCUGAAUUAUUGUUACUGUACUUGUUUUUAAUGCAGAUAAGCCAUAAUUAUAUAAUUAAACACAAGAGUUUUUCGCUUACUUUGUUUUUAAAUAGUACAUCGUAAAAAGCUGCUACUGCGACAAAUUGUAUGUAGUAAUAAUGAAAAUAAUGAUAAUGAUAACAACAAAACAUGCACAUGUGGUCCUCCAAAAGGACAAAGAGCAGGAAAAUGUUAACAGUGUAACCUUACUUGAAGUGGAUACUUGAUAAUUGUCCUUGUAAUACAAGGUGUUGAAAUGUUCUUACGAAUUUUCCUGUAUCUAAAUUCAGACCAAAACUUUGACAUAAAUAAAAAUAAAAAAAUC